AUGGAUACUAGUGUUGCGGGAGAAGUUACUGUUCAAGAUGACGAUGACGGUGGUCAACCGCGAAAACGUAUGCGUUUAGACAAUAGUAUUGAACAAAAUGUUGGAAUUCUUCAUUUUUUAUCGAAUCAUCUUGGCUUUGAUGGUCUUGUCAAAUAUCGAUAUUCCGAUUUUCUAGUCAAUGAAAUACGAUGUUCAGGAACAGUUGUUCAUUUGACAGAUUUGAAUAUUCCAAAAACAAAUAAUAACUCAAAUGUUGUAAAAACAGACGAUGAUGUUGUAAAUCUUAUUGAAAAUAAUUUAAUUGAAAAAUUAAAAUCAAUGUCUGAACUUAAACUAACAGAUUCAAUUUUCAUUCCAGUUGCUAAAUUAACAAAGGAAGAACGUACAACUAUUCAUCAAUACAUACGUUCAAUAGAUAUGAAUUUGAAAAGUGAAACGGUGAAUAGUAGUGAAAAAGAACCAUUGAUCAAAGUUACAUAUGAAAAUAUUGAUAGACAAAAUCGUACUCGUCGCCAAGAUAAUUGGCCUGAUAAGAGUAAACCAUAUUUAAAAUUUGUUUUAUAUAAAGAAAAUCGUGAUACGAUGGAUGCCAUUCAACAUAUAGCUAAAUUUUUAAAUAUUUCAACAUCCUUAUUUCAAUAUGCUGGUGUCAAAGAUAAACGAGGAAAAACAUGUCAAGAAAUAACGAUUCAUAGAUUUUGUGAUGAACAAUUACAACUUGGUCUUCUAAAAGGAAAUCGUUUUGAAGUUUUUAUAAGAAAUAUUAAAAAUUCAUCAAAUAUUGACAUUAUUAACUGUGUUGAAAAAUGGAUAGAAAAUGGUUUUAUUAAUUAUUUUGGUUUACAACGAUUUGGUUCUAGAAUGUUACAAACAUUUACAAUUGGAAAAUAUUUGAUUCGACGUGAUUGGUCAUUAGCAAUUGAUUCAAUAUUAGCCUAUGAUGAAUCAAUUAAACCGGAAUGGCUUCGUCAAAUAUUAGAUGUAUGGAAUAAAACGCAUGAUAUUGAAACUAUUUUAAAUGGACAUCAUGGUCGUCGUUCAAUUGAAAUUGAUCUAUUAAGAGGUAUUCAAAAUAAUGAUCGUACAAAUUUAGUUGGUGCACUAAGUUUUGUACCAAGAAAUACACGAUUACUCUAUUUACAUUCUUAUCAAUCAAAAAUAUGGAAUCAAAUUGUUUCUCGUCGAUUUUCAACAUAUAAUAAUCAAAUACUUGAUGGUGAUUUGUAUAGGAUGAAUGAUGAUAACAAUAAUAUUAAAAUUGUUGAUGAAACAAAUCGUAAUCAAGUCAAAUUAGAACAAUUGGUAUUACCAUUGCCUGGUUAUGAUGUCAUUUAUCCAAAAAAUGUUAUCUCUACAUGGUAUAAAGAUUUAUUAUUGGAAGAUGGAAUUGAUAUUAAUCAAUUUAAACAUCAAGUUAAAGAUUAUAGUUUGAGUGGAGAUUAUCGACAUUUUAUUGUUAAACCAGAAGAUGUUCAAUAUAAAUUAAUUAACUAUAAUAAUAUUGAUGAUGAUAUUUUACGAAGUGAUUAUGAUCGUUUAACAUCAGUUGAUUCACCAAUAACAGAUAAUAAUGGUCAAUUUUCUGGAUUAAAAAUAUCGUUUUCAUUGCCAAAAUCUUGUUAUGCUACAAUGGCAUUAAGAGAACUGUUACAUCGAAAUGAAUCUCAACUUCAAAAUGAACAUCAGGACAAAGAAACAAUAGUUGAAACUACAAAUUUAAUUGAUUGGAGAGAAAAUUUUGGUAUAUCACCAAAAGAGUUAGAUAUAUUAAUGCGAUCAAAAGAAGACGAAGCAUAUAAUCUUAUUUUGACGGAGCAUGGUGGUAUCAAACAUUUAUGCCAGAAAUUACAUUCAAAUUCAGAAAGAGGUUUAGAGAACGAUCCAGAAGAUUUACAAUUACGUCAGAUAGUUUAUGGGAAAAAUGAGAUCCCUCCGAAACCAGCUAAAUCUUUUCUCCGAUUAUGCUGGGAAGCUGCUCAAGAUCGUGUGUUAUUAAUACUAAUGAUCGCUGCUGUUGUGUCCAUUGUUUUAAGUAUAAUUCUUCUUCAUACACCUCAAGUGGAUGCCGACAGUUUUAGUGAUGAUAAUGAAUGGUUAGAUGGUGUUGCAAUAUGUCUAGCCAUAUUUAUUGUUAUAACGGUCACAGCACUGAAUGACUGGCAUAAAGAGAAACAAUUUCGAUCGUUACAAAAUCGUAUUGAUAAAGAUCACCUAACAACUGUUGUUCGAGCUGGAGAUCUGACAGAAAUUGUCUCAAAUCAACUUGUUGUUGGUGAUGUUUGUGUGAUUAAAUAUGGCGACAACUGUCCAGCUGAUGGAAUCGUAUUAUUUAGCACAAAUUUAGAAGUCGAUGAGUCAACAUUAACCGGAGAAACCGAUAUGAUCAGCAAGAGCACGAGAAAUCCAAUACUUUUGUCAGGUACACGUGUCAUGGAUGGAAAUGGAAAAAUGCUUGUAACUGCUGUGGGUCUCAAUUCACAGACAGGUAAAAUUAUGACAUUACUUGGAGCUGCUGAAAAAGAAGAUGAUGGUGAUGAAUCAGAAGCUGAUUCAAAACAAAUAAAUAUUCCGGCGAGAAAAGGACGAUCGGUAUUACAAGGAAAAUUGCUUCGACUUGCUAUACAAAUUAGUGUAGCCGGAAUAUCAACAGCUAUUCUCUGUUUCAUCUUACUCACAACACGAUAUUCUUUGAGAACAUAUCAUUUUGAGAAAAAAGCAUGGCAAAAUAGUCAGUUGCAACAAUUUGUGCGUAUUAUUGUACAAUCGCUUACAGUUAUUGUCGUUUGUGUACCCGAAGGUUUACCAUUAGCUGUGACAAUUGCACUGGCUUAUGCCGUUAGACAAAUGGUAUAUGAUAAUAAUUAUGUUCGGCAUUUACACGCAUGUGAAACAAUGGGCAAUGCUACAACAAUAUGUUCGGAUAAAACUGGUACAAUAACAACAAAUCGAAUGACAGCUGUUGAAUGUUUCUUUGCAGGCCAACAUAUUACACAAAUAUUGAAUGAUAGAAGUUUUAACUAUGACUUAACAGCAAUAUUGUUCGAAGCAAUAUCGAUUAAUAGCUCAUACACAUCAAAAAUUGAAGUACCGACACGAGAAAGUGAAUUGCCACGACAAUUAGGAAAUAAAACUGAAUGUGGAUUAUUAGGUUUAGUACAAACAUUCGGUGGACAUUAUAACCUAUUAAGACAAAAAUAUCCUGAAGAAGAUUUUAUCAAAGUUUAUUCGUUUAAUUCAAAGCGAAAAUUAAUGGCGACAGUUAUAAGAAGAGAAAAUACAUUUCGAUUAUUUGUCAAAGGUGCAUCGGAAGUGAUUUUAGACAAAUGUGAUUAUGUACUGGAUCAAAAUAAUACAUCAGUAGCAUUGAAUAGCGAUUUCAGCGAAUAUUUAGUAACAGUUAUUAAACAAAUGGCAUCACGAGGUCUAAGAACAAUAGCUGUUGCUUAUAGAGAUUUGGUUGUAUCAGAUGGUAGUAUACGUGGCAUUUUUAUUGUCUUAUAUAAAAUACAACAAGAUAAACUAGACAAAAUUUGGCCAAAACUUCGCGUAUUAGCAAGAUCAACGCCGGAAGAUAAAUUUAAUUUAGUUAAUGGAGAUGGUACGAAUGAUGGACCCGCACUUAAACGUGCCGAUGUUGGGUUUGCCAUGGGAAUCACAGGAACGGAUAUAGCAAAAGAAGCGAGUGAUAUUAUAUUAACUGAUGAUAAUUUUCAAAGUAUUGUGAAAGCAUUAAUAUGGGGAAGAAAUGUGUACGAUAGUAUUGCAAAAUUUUUACAAUUUCAAUUAACUGUUAAUGUAUCAGCUACCAUCUUGACACUUAUGUCUGCUGGAUUUAUUGGCGAAUUAGCACUAAAAGCAAUUCAAAUGUUAUGGGUUAAUCUUGUCAUGGAUACAUUGGCAUCAUUAGCAUUAGCAACCGAACCACCAUCAGAAGAUGUUUUGAGUCGUGUCUCGUAUGGAAGAACAAGAGCUCCACCUAUCCUCGAUGUUGAUAGUGUCACCAAAUUGUUACAAACUGAUCCCGUGGCAGCAAGACGACCAUCUGAACAUUUUACAAUUAUAUUUAAUACUUUUGUUCAAAUGACAUUGUUUAAUGAAAUCAAUGCUAGAAAACUACAUGGAGAAAAAAAUCUGAUCUCAUUUAUACCACCGGAACCGUUUUACAAUUUUCUGUCACCUAUUAUAAACUUUUUCAUGAGAUCUUGGCCAUAUUGUAAACUAUCACAUAAAGGAAUUGAAGAAAAUCUUACUGAAGGAAGUGAUGAUGAUGAAGUACAAAUUCCAUCCAAAGCACUCGAUCCUUGGCUAAGAGGAAUCGAGCGAAUUCGCGCACACUUAGAGUUUCUUGAAACAUUUGAGCGUACAAUGUUGAGAAAAGGUGCAACAAAUUCAAUAUCAAAUGACGUUAGUAGAGGCGAGAAAAUUUAA